AGUGUUAGGCCCUGACCUGCUGCCUUCACCUCUGCCUGAGGCUUGCAGGCUGCAGUUUGCAGCCACUGAAAAAUCCUGGUGUAUUUUGGAGGGAUUUGUUAGGGGUAGCCUAACAAAAAUAACAAAAGAAGUUAGCAAAUAAAUACUGGGCUCCGCAUGUGAAGAAAAAAUUGUGCUUUGAUUCAAAGGUUAUUGAAGAUGUAUAUACAAAAGAAAUUGUCAAGUCAAAGUUUGCUAUUAGAAAGAUAAUGCUUCUUGAAUUCAGCCAGUACCUUGAAAAUUACCUAUGGAUGAAUUAUUCUCCAGAGGUGUCCAGUAAGGCAUAUUUAAUGUCAAUCUGCUGUAUGGUGAAUGAGAAGUUCAGAGAGAAUGUCCCUGCGUGGGAGACAUUCAAAAAAAAGCCAGAACACUUUCCUUUCUUCUUCAAAUGCAUAUUGGAAGCGUCACUGGUUGAGAAUGACAAUGAAUUCUCUCUGCAUGAACAAACAGUCCUCCUGCUUUUCCUUGAUCAUUGCUUCAAUAGUUUGGAAGUGGAUUUGAUCAGAAGUCAGGUGCAACAGCUAAUUUCCUUACCAAUGUGGAUGGCUCUACAACCUAAACGACUGGAACAAGAGCUGAAAAAGACACCAAAACUAAGAAAAUUCUGGAAUCUAAUUAAGAAAAAUGAUGAGAAAAUGAAUGAAGAGGCAAGAACACAAGCCUAUCGGGAGAGAAGAUUUCUGUCACAGCUCAUUCAGAAAUUUAUUUCUGUGCUGAAAUCAAUACCCGUCUCAGGUCCUAUUUCUAUGGACAAAGUUCAUUAUUGUGAGAGAUUCAUUGAACUCAUGAUAGAUCUUGAGGCUUUGCUUCCCACACGACGCUGGUUUAACACAGUGUUGGAUGACUCCCAUCUUGUUGUUCACUGUUACCUAUCUAGUCUUGCCAAGAGAGAGAAGGAAGGUCAUCUCUUCUGCCAGCUUUUAGAUAUGCUUAAAUUCUACACUGGCUUUGAAAUCAAUGAUCAGACUGGAAAUGCUUUGACAGAGAAUGAGAUGACGACAAUUCACUAUGAUAGAAUUACUUCUUUACAGAGAACAGCAUUUGCACAUUUCCCAGAGUUAUAUGACUUCGCACUCUCAAAUGUGGCUGCAGUAGAUACUCGUGAUUCACUGGUGAAGUUAUUUGGACCCCUCAGCUCAAACACGCUCCACCAGGUGGCAUCAUACCUCUGCUUACUGCCUCCUCUUCCUGAAGGGAAUGACACUAGCUAUGAAAAGGAUUUUCUGCUAGAGCUGCUGGUUUCCCGUCAUGAGAGACGAAUAUCUCAAAUUCAGCAACUCAACCAGAUGCCUCUGUAUCCCACGGAGAAGAUUAUUUGGGAUGAAAAUAUUGUCCCAACUGAAUAUUAUUCUGGAGAAGGCUGUCUUGCACUUCCCAAAUUGAAUCUACAAUUUUUGACUCUUCAUGAUUACCUGCUAAGGAACUUCAAUCUCUUCCGCUUAGAGUCCACCUAUGAAAUCAGACAGGAUAUUGAAGACAGUGUCAGUAGGAUGAAACCAUGGCUGUCAGAAUAUGGAGGCGUGGUUUUUGGUGGAUGGGCUAGGAUGGCACAACCCAUUGUCUCUUUCACAGUGGUGGAGGUUGCAAAGCCCAAUAUUGGUGAAAACUGGCCUAUGCGAGUCCGAGCAGAUGUCACAAUUAAUUUGAAUGUCCGAGAUAGCAUCAAAGAUGAAUGGGAAGGUCUGCGUAAACAUGAUGUCUGUUUUUUGGUUACGGUACGUCCCACACAACCUUAUGGCACUAAGUUUGACCGACGGCGACCUUUUGUUGAGCAAACUGGCCUGGUAUAUGUCAGAGGCUGUGAAAUCCAAGGCAUGCUGGAUGAGAAAGGCCGUGUUAUUGAAGAAGGACCCGAACCCAAACCUAGACUGAAAGGGGAUUGCAGAACGUACAGAGUAUUUCUGGACCCAAACCAGUAUCAACAAGACAUGACCAAUACAAUCCAAAAUGGAGCAGAAGAUGUCUAUGAGACAUUUAAUAUUAUAAUGAGAAGAAAACCAAAAGAAAACAACUUCAAGGCUGUUCUGGAGACUAUUAGGAAUUUGAUGAACACAGACUGUGUGGUUCCUGACUGGCUGCAUGAUAUCAUUCUUGGAUAUGGAGACCCAAGUAGUGCACAUUAUUCAAAAAUGCCAAAUCAGAUUGCAUCUCUGGAUUUUAAUGACACUUUCCUGUCCAUUGAUCACUUAAAAGCUAGCUUUCCUGGGUAUAAUAUUAAAGUGACUGUUGACAAUCCAGAUCUGCAAGUGCCGCCCUUCAGGAUAACAUUCCCAAUACAGGGAGGUAAAGGAAAGAAAAGAAAAGAAGAUGAUGGGAAUGAAGAAAAAACAGAAGAAACUAAAACGUUGAUUGUAGAGCCUCAUGUCAUUCCAAACAGGGGACCAUAUCCAUAUAAUCAACCUAAACGCAAUACUAUUCAAUUUACCCAUACUCAAAUUGAAGCUAUACGAGCAGGAAUGCAGCCCGGGCUAACUAUGGUAGUGGGUCCACCUGGUACAGGGAAAACUGAUGUUGCGGUCCAGAUAAUAUCCAAUCUUUAUCACAAUUUCCCAGAACAACGAACUCUUAUAGUUACUCACUCUAAUCAGGCCUUGAACCAGCUGUUUGAAAAAAUCAUGGCUCUAGACAUUGAUGAACGCCACCUCCUGCGUCUGGGUCAUGGAGAAGAGGAAUUAGAGACAGAGAAAGAUUUCAGCAGGUAUGGAAGAGUUAAUUAUGUUCUGGCUCGAAGACUUGAACUUCUACGAGAGGUUGGGCGAUUGCAAGAGAGUCUUGGAGUCCCGGGAGAUGUUUCUUACACUUGUGAAACAGCUGGCCACUUUUUCUUAUACCAAGUAAUGUCCCGUUGGGAGGAAUAUAUCAGCAAAGUGAAAGUUAAAGGUGGAAAAUUGCCAAAUGUUACAGACGUGUCCAGUUUCUUUCCUUUUCACCAGUAUUUUGCAAAUGCUCCUCAACCAAUUUUCAAAGGCAAAUCCUAUGAAGAAGAUAUGGAGAUUGCUGAAGGCUGUUUUAGACAUAUUAAGAAAAUAUUCACUCAGCUUGAGGAAUUCAGAGCAUUUGAACUUCUCCGCAGUGGCCUGGAUAGAUCCAAAUAUCUGUUGGUGAAAGAAGCAAAAAUCAUUGCUAUGACUUGUACCCACGCUGCUCUGAAACGACACGACCUAGUUGAAUUAGGUUUCAAAUAUGACAACAUCUUAAUGGAGGAGUCUGCACAGAUUCUGGAGAUAGAGACCUUUAUACCUCUCCUGUUGCAGAACCCUCAGGAUGGAUUCAGUCGUUUGAAGCGGUGGAUUAUGAUUGGUGACCAUCACCAGUUGCCACCAGUCAUUAAGAACAUGGCUUUUCAAAAAUACUCCAACAUGGAGCAGUCCCUCUUCACACGGUUUGUUCGUGUUGGAGUACCGACUGUUGAUUUGGAUGCACAAGGAAGAGCAAGAGCAAGUUUAUGUAACCUCUACAACUGGCGCUAUAAGAAUCUGGGUAAUCUGCCUCAUGUCCAACUUAUGCCGGAGUUUAGAACAGCCAACGCUGGGUUUUUGUAUGACUUCCAGCUUAUAAAUGUAGAAGACUUCAAUGGUGUGGGAGAGUCUGAACCCAAUCCUUAUUUCUAUCAGAAUCUUGGUGAAGCAGAGUAUGUUGUGGCACUAUUCAUGUAUAUGUGCCUGCUCGGUUACCCUGCAGACAAGAUAAGCAUCCUGACAACAUACAAUGGACAGAAACACCUGAUCCGUGAUGUCAUUAACCAGCGUUGUGGAAAUAAUCCCCUGAUCGGACGGCCAAACAAGGUAACAACUGUGGACAGAUUUCAAGGCCAACAAAAUGAUUAUAUCCUCCUGUCACUAGUGCGUACCAAAGCUGUAGGCCACCUUAGGGAUGUCCGACGAUUAGUUGUUGCCAUGUCAAGAGCCAGGCUUGGCCUUUAUAUCUUUGCAAGAGUAUCUCUGUUUCAGAACUGUUUUGAGCUAACUCCAGCAUUCAGCCAGCUCACAGCUAGACCACUUCACCUCCAUAUAAUUCCCACAGAAUGUUUUCCAGCAGCAAGACAGAACGGAGAACGACCAUCUCACCAAAUACAUGUUAUUAAGAACAUGCCUCAGAUGGCUAACUUUGUGUACAACAUGUAUAUGCACAUGAUACAGAGUACACGCCACUACCAACAGCGUUUAUUGCCCCCACCUGCCAUGACUGAAGAAGCUGAAGUGACUCCAACUCAAGAGACUGAAGAAGAAGUUGAAGUGCAAGGCAUGCAGGAAGAUGCAAAAGAAGAAAAUAAGGUAGAAGAAAUAAAGGAAGAAGAAUUGAAAGUGGCAGAAGUGGCUGAACAUCGAACAAUGCCAGAACACCCUGGAAGAGACAGUGAUAGUGAAGACAGUGAACCUGAAGAAGAGACUGAAAAGUGAUCCAAGUGAUGUUUGUCCUCAUAUCUGUAUUUCGGAAAACAGAUGGGAAAAAAGCAGUUAGAAAUAUGAUUGCUAUUUUUACAUAGACUUUUUUUAAAUGGUUGCUUGUGUAAUGUGACCUUGUUUUGUAUAUUUUCACUGAAUACCUUGUGGACAAGCAAAAUGAUUGGCAAACAUUUUACUGAGUUCUUGUCAGUAAUGUAAUUUGUUUAAUUGCCUCAAAUGAUAUAGUUUCCUUUUCAUAAGUUUUCCAGUAAAGAUACUUUUAUACAAGUUGUGAAUAUUUUUUUAAGUUAUUGGUCUUUAAUUCAAUCACUGAGUUAUACGUUAAAAUUUACUGAUUAACUGUAUCCAGUAUUGACCAGACAGUCUGUAGUUUCCUUAAUAUUUUACAGUGGAUAAUUUCUUACGCAGAACUGCUCUUAUAUACACUGAGAUGGCAUAUUAGGUUUAGGCUCAAGUUCAGUAAGAUUUAAUUGCACAGAUGAGCUAUGUGAAUUACCAUGGGACUUUGAAAUUUUUAAAAAGCUUUAUUGAAUCAUUCCUUACACAAGAAGUAAAAGUGUAGCUUUUUAACAGCAUUAUUAAGUUAGUGCUUUGAAAUAGAAUCUCUCAUUUUUAGGAUAAAGCCCUACUAUGAGGAAUAAAUAUUAAAGCAGUUCACUAAAUGAAGGAUUUACAAAACAUGUAAUACUGAUAGUAAAGACAUAAUGGCUGAGUGGGUUUUCUAGAGUAAUAUCUUUCCUAGAGUAAUACGUCUUUCAUAAAGUGACAAGUGAGAAGUUUUUCCCUGGUUUGUGAAAAAUAUCUGCCAAUUUAGCAAAUUUUCCAGUGAUAGAGUAAUAGAAUCAUUAAGGUUGGAAGAGACCUCCAAGAUCAUCUGGUCCAACCAUCCCCCUGUGACCAAUGUCACCCACUAAACCAUGUCCCUAAGCAACCCAAUAAAACAUGUAUUUCCAAGUUUGAUUUUCAAACAGAGUAGUAGCCUGAGGAACAUCUUUGACUGCUGACAAUGGGGAAGUACUUGGGUUUCAAGUAUUGCAGUUCUGGAUCUGCCAGAAGAAUUUCCUCGUUAAAUGGAUUAGAGAUUCAUCAACCUACAUUAACCUAUUACUACAACUUAAGGUCUUUAUUUUUUCUUAAUAUUUUUGUAGUAUAAUCAAAUAAAAAAUCAAAUAUAAGCCAAGCUCAAUGAAACACAUGUAUUUUAUAUUUGUGCACUCAUUUCACCUGCCUUUCCCCCCUCUAACUCUGUCAGUUACAGGGUAGCUCAGGAGUAACAAACCAUAAUACUUACUAUUGGCACAUACAUGUAGUAUUCAUUUUUCUGGUUUGCUUUGCAUCCACUGCUGAGCCAUCUCAGACAAGAAUACUCUUUUGAACAGAUUUGUAUUCUGUCAUUGUUUGUUCUGUGUGGAAAGGAAUGUACUGCUUACUUACAAACAGUCUGCCUUUGGAGGACAAGUAGCAGUUGAUGUCAGGGUGGUAAGCUUCCUGCAGUAAUGUUCACAUGUUCAAGCAGGGAUGAAUAAUACAGGGCCUUCAGGCAAUAUGUGACAAACUCAGCUGAGGGUUGUCAUCUUUGUUUUCCAAACCAUUUUCUAUAAAUAUGAGUCUGACAAUCGCUUACUGUGCUCAGAAUUUUAGGAAACAGUGGUAAAGGAUUCUGGAAGGUUUUUUUCUUUUGUUUUGUUUUCCUAAAAUGGAUGAUUUAACUGGCAGGGAUUCUAUCAAUAAAUACAACAGAAAAAGCAUCCAAAGCUGAAAGGGAUUGUGAAGACAUCCUUGAUUCGUAUGUUGUUUGUGGUGAAAUCUUGCUGUUGGUCUGAGAGCACACUGGCCUGUGUGAUGCUGCAUCCCAUGUGCAGGCAUGCAUAUGUGGUCCCUUCUGACUCACUGGGUCUUUGUAGAACAACAGCCAGGUAUACAGUUAAAUUUCUAGACCUCAGUGUUGCCCUAAAAUGGUGAGUAGACUUGUGACAAAGAUUUUAUUGGCUAGUCCUUGCUGCAAUCUUCUGUACGUUAAACUUUACACUUUUCGACAACAUGAAAGCAUUGGGAGAAUGCAUUUUCAGAAGCCUGGAAAAUAAUGUUUAUCAUGUAGCAGUGGUUGGAAAAUUCUUUAUAGAUUUGGAGGCCUUUUAAAAAAAAAAAAAGAAAAAGAAAAAAAACGGUUUAGUUUAUGCUUUACCAAAAAAUAAUAAACAUAACAUUUUCCAGGAAAAUAUAUUUAGUUUUGAUUUUCUAUUUAAACUUUAGUAUGAAAAAGAGUUGGUGGGAGAAGUGAUAAUGUUAAUUUUGACCUACACACUUUGUUUUCCAAAGGCAAUGUUUGGUUGGAAUUUAGCAUCCCCCUUUUGAUGUCUGUAUCUUUAUUCUAGCGACCAACGAGGUCUAGAUGUUAAUAAUGUAUUUAACUCCUGAGAUAAUUGAAAUUUCAAACAAAAAUCAUGAUAUAUAUAUAUGUUGUGGUUUUUUUUUAAGUGAAAAAUGAAAAAAACAACCACCAUUCAAGCAUUAUUGCAAAGAAUGAUUAUAGCAGUGCAUGAAAACCUAGAGAACAAAAUCCUUGUGAAGAUCCUUUAAACAUAUGAACAAAAGGAAAAUAUUUAAAAGCUUUUUUUUUAUUAUUAUUAUUGUUCCAAAGCCAUGCAAUAAAAAACUAAGGACAUUUUAAAUGAAA